AUGCUGUUCAGCAACCUGCACAUUGUGGUGUCAUGGGAUUUAGUCUUUGUAUCUCUGAUGCUGCGGUACUUUAAGUCAGUCCUCAUGUCUGUCUUUAGCUCUCUCACUAACAUCACACUGUACCAGGAUCAGAUGCACGAGGUUCUGCUGGUUGUGAUCACGUGGGUGGGGAUCGUCAUCUCACUGGUAUGUCUGGCCAUCUGCAUCUCCGCCUUCUGCUUCCUGAGAGGUCUGCAGACAGACCGCAACACCAUCCACAAGAACCUGUGCAUCAACCUCUUCAUCGCAGAGCUCCUCUUCCUCAUCGGCAUCAACAAGACACAGUACCAGGUCCUGGGCUCUCAGGACCGUUACUCUGCUCUUCCUCCUCGGCCUCACCUGGGCUUUCGGUCUCCUCUUCAUCAACGAGAAGACAGUCAUCAUGGCGUACCUGUUCACCACCUUCAACGCCUUCCAGGGCAUGUUCAUCUUCAUCUUGCACUGCGCACUGCAGAAAAAGGUCCAUAAGGAGUACAGUAAGUGUUUGCGUCACUCAUACUGCUGUGGACGCUCGUCUAACUCCAGCUCUCACGGCUCACUGAAAAACUCUGCACUGCGCACCAACAACCGUUAUUACACCAGCAGCCAGGCCCGACACGCUGCAGCACACAGACAGAGCCGAAUCCGUCGCAUGUGGAACGACACGGUGAGGAAACAGACUGAGUCGUCCUUCAUGGCAUCAGACAUCAACAGCACUCCUACCCUCAAUCGCG